AUGUUCAAGCGCUCUGUUCUUUCCUUCCUCCUCCUCACUGCACCAUCGGUCUCUGCCUUUUCCCAGCAACGCACACCAGCCUUUUCUGUCCAAAGCCAGAAUGGUUUGUCGUAUGCUCGCACGGCGGCCGUGACUUCGUCGACCGACCUUUUCAACAAGAGAACUUCCUUCACCCAGCUUGCAAGCUCCAAGGCUUCUGAUGCCGUCGAUAAGGUUGCUGACCAGGCUGAUAAGGUUGCCGACAAAGCUGAUAGCGUUGCUGACUCUGCCCAAGAGUUUGCAUCGACUUUGAAGAAGCCAAUCUCAAUUUCGACCAAGAAUGCAGUCGUGAUGGGUACCGCCCUUGCAUUGACCUCUGGCUUUAUCAACGGAGCUUGCGUCACUGGCUUUUUCUCUGCUAGCCAAGCAACUGCCGCUGUCACCGGAACAUGGACCAACGCAGCCAUUGCCCUUUCCAAGGGCCAAAACAUGAAAUUCUUCACUUUGGCCAGAUACCUCUUUGCAUUCAUGAGUGGUUCUACCAUUGCUGGACUAUUGGUUCCCAAUGCCGCCCCCUUUGAAUUGGCCAACCCUAAAGGUGCCGCAGCCAGUUUUGGAAUUGGUGCUCUUUGUCUGACAGUUGCCGGCCUCAUGGCAAAGUCAGGAGGACUCUCCAGCGAACUCAUCUUGUGCCUAUGCUUUAUCGCCAACGGAAUCCAAAACAGUUUGACCUCGGCGUUCACUGCCAAUCUUUGCCGUACGACACACUUCUCUGGAAUCACUUCUGAUAUUGGAACAUUCCUUGGACAAGCGAUUCGUGGAAACCGUAACAACAUGCUCAAGCUCAAGGUCUUUCCUCUUCUCGCCUUGGCCUUUUGGUCUGGAAGUUUCAUUGCUUACCCAAUGACCAAGAUCUUUGGAUCAAGUACUCUUUUGGCAGCUGCCACCGUUUACGGUGGAUUUGGACUUCUCUCUUUGAAGAAGUAA